CUGGACGGGAAGCCGCCGCCGCCGUCGCCGCCCUCCCUCUCCCUCUCCCCUCUCCCGUCGGCAAUUCUCUCCUGUCGCUGCGCGCAUGAGCAGCCUGCUGCAGUGCAUCCGGUCCAAGUGCGAGUCGGCGUCGAAGAAGAAGAAGGGAGGCGGCGCUGCAGCCCCUGCAGCAUCCGCCCCGGCGGCGGCCGCCGCCAGCAGCGAUGCUGGCCGCCAGUCGGUCGCGCUUCAGCCGCACACGCCGGGCGAGCUGCCGCAGUCGGGCGAGUGCGGUGGCCUUCGGAUGGUGGUGGGCUCCAAGGGGUUUGGCAUGCUCAAGGGCUCCGAGAAGCAGUACGUGGGGGUCGCUGCGGUGCUGACUGCGCUGCUCAAGCCGGAGAGCGUGGCCGAGCCUCUGCGCAGCAUUGCCCUCGCGAAGCGUGAGGAUAUUGAGAGCUUAGCGGAGCGGCAUGCCCUCACCGAGGGCGCGAACAAGCUGCCCGAGGGCGAGGCGGCCAAGAAGCUGCUGAUGCUGGUCGGGGUGCGCCCGAGAUCACGCCCGGACCACACGCAAAAUCACAAGAGACCACACACACGUGAGAUCGCCCAAUAGCAGACGCGAGAUCACCCGAGAUCGCACGCCGCCUCGCCCACCAACUUGCUCCUCCCCUCUCACCAAUCCCCGCCCCCUUCCCUACCGCUGCCGUCGCAGCCUCCGAUCGAGAUUGCUGUGCUCGGAGCCAUCGGAGGAAAGAGCUCGGCGCUCGCGCGCGCCAAGGCCAUCCGCGAGUCGCGAACCUCUAGGGCAGCGAAGCCGGCGGCGGCAGCCAAGCCAGACGCGGCGCGGGACAGCACUGCGUCCAAGCCGGACGCGGAGCGCGAGUCCGUCACCUCCGUGCCCGAGAGUAUUGCCGAAUCGGCCGGCGAGGAGGCUGCAGCAGCCGCAGCGUAAUGCACACGCACCCUGGAUCGCCAUCGCGGCCUGCCGCCCCUGCUCGUCUCGACACGGGUGUGUCGAGUGCUGCCUCUUAUUGCGUGCCGGCUCUGGGCUCGCGUGCACUGUUUUCCCGCCAUGCGUGAGAGGAUCUCGUGCGGAGUCUGGUGUCUGCGCCAGGUCUGCGCGCGCGUCUGCGGCGCUCCCCCGGCGAGUACACACGAGUCACUACACAGGGUGAGCUCACAAAAAAUCGCAUGCGACUUCCGUUAUA